UUCCCUCAGGUACCGACGAGUGUCUACGUAACAGAAAGUGCCUUUGUUUAUAUUGCUGGUUCUGCUAGGUGUGCUCGUGGAUGACAACUUUUCAUAGUAGUAUCAACCAAGAUGCCUUUUUUGCACAUAGAAACUACGAAGAGAUUGUGCAACGGUGCCGAGAUGGUACUGCAGGGUAAGUGUAAUCAUUCGUUGACAGCCAGUAACUUACAGGACCCAACUCACAGACUGCGAGUGGUUUUUUCUGAGCAAUCUACAGAUGCUCUUAUCUACGUCGCUGUUGUGGUGUUUUUUUAUGCUUCUGUUAUCAUAAUUCUGGUUGGCACCAAUUUACACCGUUUUCAAGGGACACGUUUUAGCACUUCUAGCGGCAACAAAGAGAAGCAGAAGGCACGACAGUUGGUGGUUCAAGUGGACGGAGAUGGUCAGAGGUAUAAAACGACCACUAAUCCAGAGAUUGAAGGAAAGACGUCAGUGUGAAUGUGAGACGAACGUAAUUAUUGAAUUAAAAAGCAAGUGUUCGUUAGAAAAGUAAAUAAGUUUUAUAUGUAGCAAAUUAUAAUGUCGUGGCUCAGACAAAUAAGUCUAAUUUUGAUGUUUUUUGUGAUACAAUAAAAUACGAACUUCGAAGUGUCAUUAAGAUCAUACAGUUAUAUAUAUAUGAUUGUUUCUUUAAAUAAAAUAUAUAUCUACAUAGUUACUAGUUGGGCCACAUAAAUAUACCUGACAUGUUAUUAAUUUAAUUGUAAAA